CUCCACUAACUGAAUAUGCUGCAGAAUCCUUUACCUGUAUUACUUGUUAUUUCAUCACGCGGUGUGGCCGAGCAUAUCCUCUCAAAAUAUUCUUACCCCCGAUCUUUUCUUUACUCCAUAAAAUCCGCUGCCCAUAUAUGCUUUUCGUCAAAUUCACAUACUUCAUCAUUUCCGCCUGAAUAAAAUUGCACAGAAUUUGUAUAUCGAUGAAGUUUGGGAAACGGUUACAGCAGCAGAUCGAGGAGACACUGCCAGGGUGGCGCCGCCAGUUCUUGUCCUACAAGGCCUUGAAGAAGCUGGUCAGGGCUAUAUCGGCGGCUCAGCCGGCUGCCCUCGACGGGUCUCCGGCGGAGUCGACGUUUAUCUCUCGGCUGAACAGUGAGAUUGAGAAGUUUAAUGCCUUUUUCAUGGAGCAAGAAGAGGAUUUCAUUAUCCGCCACAGGGAAUUGCAUCACAGGAUACAAACAGUUGUUAAUAACAAGGGGCCAUAUCACAUAGAAGAAAUGAUGAACAUCAGGAAAGACACUAUCGAUUUUCAUGGGGAAAUGAUUCUUCUGAUAAACUACAGCAAUCUUAACUACACAGGCUUGGCCAAGAUUCUGAAGAAGUAUGACAAGAGAACUGGCGGACAACUUCGCCCUCCUUUCAUUAAAAAAGUUCUUCAACAACCCUUCUUCACCACUGAUCUGGUUUCUAAAUUGGUGAAGGAGUGUGAGAGCACUAUAAACACCAUAUUCCCGGUUUCGGAAGAAACCAUUACAAUGGGGUUGGGACAAGAGAAGGUUCCACUUAGAGGAGAAAGUAUAUUCAGAAACAAUGUUGCUGCUCUUCUCAAUAUGCAAGAAAUCAGAAAAGGAAGCUCGACUUAUAGUCACUUUUCCCUCCCGCCUCUUACUUUAACAGACUUUGAUCUCAUUCAGUCAUUGCAACUUCCUCCCCUUAUUGCUAUUCCUUGACGAUUGUACUUUAUAUUAUACUCAGCUUGAUCAUGUUAAGCUGUUAACACUAAUGACUAUCCUUUUAACCUUUUUACUCGUUUCUUAGUUUUAUUGUUGAGGGUGCUAGAGUCAGAACUUGUUCAUCACACAAUUACAUGAAGAAAGAAAAUCAGCUAUAUUGUAUGAGAAAAAUACCUUGUAUGACUAUAAGCUUUUAUGUUUCUGAAUAUAAUACUCAUAAUUUCACCCAAUGUGAUGGCA